CCACGCAUAGAUAGCAAGCAGUAUUAGUUAUAACCUCGUCGGAAACGUGAUAAAAGUUAUUAAAUAUUCGCAAUAAAUAAUUUUAAUCAUGACGAAAUAUCACUUAUUGUUGCACUACAAAACACCGAUAAAUUCUUUUUUUAAAAAAUAUAUCAGAAGAAUUUUAUUGUUUUUUGUGUUCCUGUGUGUUAUUUAUGCAAUUCGCACUCAAAUAAAAAUAUCAAAACUAUCACAAUUGAAAGAGAUCACGGUUUCAAGAGCAUUAGAGUUAAUAACAGAAGUUAAAACUCUUCCUUACACCGAAGAAUCAGAAGAUUCAUGGAAAGUAGUAGACAUAAAAGACUCGAGAAUUUACUCAGCGUACUUGGAAACAAGAAGUCAAGUAGUGCUUGAGGAAAAUCAAAAUUUAAUCUAUAAUGAUUCUGCGUGGGCUUUUAUACGCAUUAUUGCCAUAAUACCAGUUAAUUUACAAUACAUUCCACUCACUUGUUACUACAAAUAUACUACUGGCCAAAAAUCAAUCAAAAGUUAUAUAUUUAAAAAAGCAUUUAUUCGAGCACAAUUAAUAGCUUACAAAGAAAAUUUUAAUAUGUAUUACUCAGCUGCUUUUAUUCUGUGUCCUCUGCCAUACCCGGAAGAAAUAAAUUCACAAAGUAUUAAAUUGCCGUAUAAAAUAACUGUAUCAACAAGAUCUGAUCGAUCAGCUAAUAAUAUUAAUCGUGAUGAAUUUGUUGGAAUACGAUAUCCGAAUAAAUGGUAUACUAAUGAUAUAAAUAUAAAUAUUAACUCGCAUCAACACAAAGAUAGAGAUCGUAAAACAUUUUCCGUAUGUGUAAAACCUUUUCAUCACAAUUUCGAUAAAGCCAUUGACCUGAUAACGUUUAUUGAAUUCUAUAAAAUGAUGGGAGUUAAUUACUUAACAUUUUAUCGGGAUUCAGUAUCUGAACAUGUCGACAAAGUUUUGAAUUACUAUAUAAAGGAAAAAAUAGUGUCGGUACUAAAAUGGAAGCUACCGGAAAUAUAUAUUUUUCAAAGAACAUUAAGAACGGAUGGUAUUUUUGCGGCAUUAAAUGAUUGUCUAUAUCGAAACACGUUUCAUGAAGGUGUUAAGUAUAUUAUAGGUGUCGAUAUAGACGAGUACAUCGUGCCAAGAAUACAUGAAAAUUACACGGUGAUGAUGGAACACUUGAACUCGGUUAAAAGUGAUGAAGUUGGAGGUUGGAUCUUUAGAAAUGUCUUUUACUACUUGAUGUAUGACGAUGAUUUAGUUACUCUACCACCAGGAUCUCCAAAGUUGAAUUUACAUUACAAAACUAGAAGAUGGAAAGAAAUAAAUCCUGCUUACGAUCGUAGCAAGUACAUAGUUCAAGGCGAAAAUGUAAUAGAACUUGGAAAUCAUAGAGUGUGGAAAACUAAAAGAACAUGGUCAAUAUUUGGAACAAGGUACAAAGAAGUCGAAGUAGAUCCUAAAGUAGGUACUUCAAAUCACUAUAGAUUUUGUGAAACUUCAAUUGAGAAUUGUUGGAAACGAGAGAGCAUUGUAGAUAAAACAACUCACAGAUUUACGAAAGAGCUUAGCGAUAGAGUUUCUAAAGUAUUAAAAGAUAUAAAUCUAUAACAAAUAAAGAAAUUCUAUGGGGAGUAAAGUUAAUUUAAUAAUUUAAUGUUGAACUACAUACACAUGUAAACUUAACUACAAUGUAAAAAAAAACGGUGUAAAUCCACGCUACCUGCAUGAAAAAACUUUAUAUGUGAAAAAAUAUACUUUAAAAUAUAUGAAUAUUAUAAUGUGAUAUAUCGCACAAUAUAUAAAAUAAUAUUUAUAUUUUUGCAGAAUUAAUAUAUGAUAAUAUAUUGAAAAAAAAUAUACUGCUACAAUACUCUCUAAACAUGAAUUAGUGGAAAUUUCAUUAAUUACGUUAGUGAAGCAGUAUUCACUUCAUAAUCAGUGGAUUUAAAUAACAAAUUAGAGAAUUCUUGCUAAUAAAUUUAGUACUAUAAUUUUCACUAGCAAAUUAGUGAUAUUCACUACUGAACUAGCGAUAUUUUCAUAAUUUCUACAAGUGAAACUGUUAUUCACUUCUUAAUUUAUAAAUUUCAAAAUUUCACUAGUAACUUUAACUAGCAAAUAAUUAAAUAUUUUACUAGAUAUAAAUGUAAUUAAUAAUUAUGGUGCUAUUUUUAAAAAUUUUAAUAAAAAACUUUCAAAAUAAAAAAAAAUAGAAGUGCAGAACAAUAAUAUAUUUAUAUGAAGAGUGCGUCAAUCAUAACAUCACGGAUUUUUUAUUUAUUCAUCAGUUAUUGUUUGGUAUCAUAACGAAUAUACUAUUUACACUCACGCGAUCACAUACGUAGGCCAGUGCAGUGGAUAGCAGCAAAGAUUUUGAAUCGGAAGGACGCAGGUUCGAGCCCAGCAGUCACCGGGAUUUUUUCAUCAAUCAAAAUCAUGUAUACUUCCUCGAAGUAAUGAUUCUAAUACAUUAAUUACAUUUCGGAUCUAAUUACAAGUGUCUUAUAUCUUUUUUCGCUAUAUCAUAUUUUUUUCACCGAUGAAAUCAGUGGAUUCCCAUAUUCACUUUUCAAUUUAGUGGAUUCUCAUAUUCACUUAUCAAAUCAGUGAAUUCCAAUAUUCACAUAUUCAUUUAGUGAAUAUUCACUAAUUCUGCGUGGUACGAUUGUAGCAUUGACAAUUAGUGAAUAUUCACUUAAAAUUAGUGAAAAAUCACUAAUUCAUUUUAGAGAGUACAUAUAUACCAUCCAUAUAUGACAAAAAUAUAUUGAGCAUUAUAUGAGAUAAAUAUAUAGAGAAAUAUAAAACAUUAUAUAAAAAGAAAUAUAUUAUUAAAAAUAUAUAAUCCAAUAUAUGUAAAAAACAUAUAUUCAUAAAUAUAUAUAUUUUUGCCGCCAUAUAUUUAUCACAUAUUCAUCAUAUAUAUUUUUAACAAUAUAUAGCUUUUCCAUGCGGGAUAUCACGGUGUUAAAUUCAACGCCGAACACGGUGUUAAAAUUUUUCCUGGUGUUAAAAAAACGGUUUUAUUUCUGAAGUUAAUCAGCCUAAGCAGAGGCCAAUUAAAAAUUUUAAGUAUUUUUUUUUUCCAAUUGUUUGUUACGUUAAUUAUUUUAUUGAGAACUGGAAAGUUACUACUCAGGUAAAAUGGACUACGAUUGUCAAAAUAAGUUUUUUUUUAAUGAUAAAUUUUUAAUUGGCCGCUGUCCAAACUAAUUAACUUACUCUAUCCUUUUGUUUUCCAUCGAAUUUCCCUAUUGUUAUUACAAAAACUAACAUAAUUCUAUUGUGUAAAGCAAAAUAAUUAAUUACCGCGAAUCAAAGUUACACUGACCUACUUUUUGAAAAAAUUAUCCAUUGUAAUGAAAAUAUAAACAUAUCAUUUAUUAAAAAUAUAGUUAAAAUUUCUGCUGGGUUUAUUAUCCAUAAAUCUGCAUCAUAUUUUUUAAUUCAUUAUAAGCAAAAAAAAAAAAAAAACUAGAAUAAAAUCCGAGGAAAUUUGGGUGAGCCAAAAUUAAAUGGAAUAAUGUUUAACAUUGACCCAGUAAUUUCUUAAGCCAGUUUUUCAAUUAAUUCUGUUAUUUUCGACAACUCCGAUGACUUUAGAAUUUUACUUUAAAAUCUAGAACAUUAGUAAAAAAAUUUAUAACUUAUUCUGUAAUUUCCCCAUGGAAAA